UGUUGAUCCGAUAACCUCUUUCUUUUCCCUGGUCGGUGUUGGUUACAUCGACAUCGCGAGCAAUUCCUAAUCAGUUUGUCGUCUGCUGCUCAAAUGGACCGACCACAAGACGUGUAAGUUUGCAUGUCUGUGAAGCCAAGUUUUGCCCGGCUAUACCCUACCGCGUCACACGCGUGCUCGACAGAGUUUGGGAGUGUUGACAAUAUCUUACAAUCCAGGGCUUACAAGUUGGGGGGACACCGCAGGACGCGGAUAAGACAGUGAUUCGUCCUCGGAAUAUACGGAUAAGCAAGUGAUUCACGCUCGGAAUAUAAGGAUGAGCAAGUGAUUCAUGCUCGGAAUAUACAGAUAAGCAAGUGAUUCCUACUCGGAAUAUACGGAUAAGCAAGAGAUUCACUCUCGAAAUACUAAGACUUCAUCGAAUUGAAGUAAAUGCCAGCGUUGAUAAAAGGAGCGUAACUCUGAUAUCUGAAAGACUAACCGACGCAGAAGUGAGCCAAUUUACAGAUAUGUGGUGCAUUCAUUUGUUUGUAUUUCUUACAACAGUUGUAUGCGCCGUCAGUGGUAAGUCAGCGUUAUAUUUCAGAAUACCUCAAAUUGGUACAUCGUGUAACACAAAGACAAAUGUUUUGUCUGACUCUCUUUGGUUCUUUAGCGGGCACAGAGUUGACAUAUAUAAACUUUAUACUUAUGAUAAAGACUUCAAAAUUUUAAUUUAUGAAAAUUUAUUUUUAAAAAAAAAAAAAAAAAAAAAAAUUUUUUAUAUGUUUAUCGUUUUAUCAUAAAUAAACGGAAUAAUUUUAAUGAAUUAUUUGUUUCUCUUCAUCUGCAAACAUCAUCCUUAUUUUGGUGGCGAGGGAGGUGACUGGGCGACUGAGGCCGCCCGCCACUUGGGUAUUUUUCGGACACACGGCACUUCCACUUACACACGUCUCAACUUCUCAAGUAGGCUAGAGAGGAAACAGGGCAUUUACCACCCAUAAACAACAUAUAACGUUACACACCUUAUUAAACAACAGCCCGUGCCGUCAACAAGAACAACAACAAUAUAAUCUUAAACCUUUGAACAAGGCUAAAAACUAUAUGUGUAUAUAUAUAUAUAUAUAUAUAUAUAUAUAUAUAUAUAUAUAUAUAUAUAUAUAUAAUAUAUUAUAUAUAAUAUAUAUAUUUUUAAAAAAAUAAAAAAAAAAAAAAAAAAAAAAGAACGAAAAAUUAAUUAAAAAAAAAAAAAAAAAAAAAAAUUUAUUUGAAAGACGCCUUUAAACCUACAGAUAGAUCUACAUGUGUCACAUUUGUUAAACAACCAACCAGGUGUGGUGCGUGACCCACUUCUUUAUCUUCAAAUUCCAAACCGCUAAUCCAGUUGAUCGGGAUUUUGAACUUUCUUUUUGCAGCGCAUGGCGCUUAACUUACUCCCACGCUUAUGCUAUGCCGCUACUGAUUAGGCUUAACCUUCGGGACAAAUCUAAAACCUAUUCUAUUAAUUUAGUAACAAAUAUUGAAGAGUGAAACUUAAGUCAUCGGGCACGUUGGUUGGCGUUAAAAUAACCAUACGAAAUAGUUCAACCAACUAAGGAUUGGCGUAGGUGAGGGUGAGUGUCGUGGUUAUUUAUAUAAGGAGAAAUUACAGAUAUUUAUUUAUAGGGAGGUGAUAUCAGGACAUGUACACCUUCCAGUAUUUGGAAAACUUAGAUUUCGAUUUUUGUCAAUGUGUACCACCGACGCCUACUUAGGUCCUCUAGUGCCGUUGUCAGAAGGCAUGGGAACCGUACGGAGCGACGGGAUAUCAUUAGACAUAUGUUAACCUAAUUUAGGUAUAGUAAAUAUAUAUAUAUAUAAAUAUCAGAAUAAUGACAAAAACAUUUUUUUUUUUAAAUUGACGUCUCGUAGCAGAGACAGAACUCGUUAUACUUGAAAUGAAUUUAUACAAAUUCCCCUGAAGUCAUAUUUAAUGGACAUCUCCCUUCUCCAACUUAUCCCAGGAUUUAAAAAAAAAAAAUAUUAUUUGAACUGCAGUCGAUGUAUGAUUAAUAUUUUAAAAAAUAAAAAUUAGAUAUUUUUUAAAAAUUGGUAGGUCUCCUAAAAAGUUUGAUGUUUACUCGUGGAAGCAAAUGAGGUGUAUAAUAAUUGAGCUAAGGAUUGAGGCAUUCAAUAACCUGAAAUCUAUCAGCAACUAAAACAUACCGACCAUAAACUUUUUAUUUUUAUGUUGUUGCUGUUUUGUUGUUUUGUUGUUGUUGUUUUUUUUAUUGUUUUUUUUUUGGGGUAGGGGGGUGGUAAAUGCAAUAAACUAAUAUGGUGGAUGAGAGCCCAGAUCUACUCACUGCCUACUCCACAGUGCGGGGGAUUGGGGUGAGGGUGGCUGACGUGAAUAUAUUCAGGUCAGCGAUCAAAUUUAAUCUUUUGACUAAGUAGAGAUAUAUUUUCAACGGGGAGGGGGGUAUGUUAGAAAUCAGACUGCAUCAACUAUUGCAAGACGUAUUUUUUGCUGGCAUCCGUCCGUCACAAUGUGACGAUGGAGUGGGCUUCGUAGGACGAAAUCCACAUAGCCUGGGAUUAUUAUAAUUGAAGGAUUAUAAGCUGGUUCCCAACAGCAAAUUGCCUCUCUCCACGCCGCUGGGUAGCCCAAGGGAACAUCAUUGGAUGAUACAGCUUGGCACCAGUGACGUCGCAGGAGUUGUCGGAAUGUUUCAUUGUAUCAAUGUUAUCCGCCUUUCGGGACUCCAUCUCCGGGUUCGAUUUCAGAGUUUCCUUCCCUUAGAUGAGUUGCCGUCCAAGGUUAACGAGUCCCAUCUACCCGGGGUGCUGGUGGUGUUUUUGCUCUAGCUGGAAUUGAACUCCAGACCACCAACUUGAGAUUUGCUCAGUUUAGGCCACCCAGCAAGACGUAUACUCCAUUAUUUUUAAGAUUUAAAGUUGACUGAAUAAGAAAUGUCAGAGACAGGGGGCUACGAUUGCAGCUACUAUGGUCAGUUGGGUUUUCUUGAGAACUAGCAAAACCAGUUUACAUGUUACCCAAGGCCAGUUGACUUGUUAGCAAAGGCCAGUUGACUUGUUAGCCAAGGCCAGUUGACUUGUUAGCAAACGCCAGUUGACUUGUUAGCAAAGGUCAGUUUACUUGUUAGCCAAGGCCAGUUGACUUGUUAGCCAAGGCCAGUUUACUUGUUAGCCAAGGCCAGUUGACAUUUUAGCCAAGGCCAGUUGACUUGUUAGCAAAGGCCAGUUGACAUGUUAGCCAAGGCCAGUUGACAUGUUAGCCAAGGCCAGUUGACAUGUUAGCCAAGGCCAGUUGACUUGUUAGCAAAGGCCAAUUGACUUGUUAGUCAAGACCAGUUGACUUGUUAGCCAAGGCCAGCACACAUGUUAGCAAAGACCAGCUGACUUGUUAGCAAAGGCCAGCUGACUUGUUAGCCUAGGCCAGUUGACUUGUUAGUCAAGGCCAGUGGACAUGUUAGCCAAGGCCAGUUGACUUGUUAGCCAAGGCCGGUUGACAUGUUAGCAAAGGCCAGUUUACAUUUUAGCCAAGGCCAGUUGACAUGUUAGCCAAGGCCAGUUGACUUGUUAGCCAAGGCCAGUUCACAUGUUAGCAAAGGCCAGUUUACAUGUUAGCAAAGGCCAGUUUACAUGUUAGCAAAGACCAGUUGACAUGUUAUAAAGGCCAGUUACUUGUUAGCCAAGACCGGUUGACAUGUUAGCAAAGGCCAGUUUUCAUGUUAGCAAAGGCCAGUUGACUUGUUAGCCAAGGCCAGUGGACAUGUUAGCAAAGGCCAGUUGACAUGUUAGCCAAGGCCAAUUGACUUGUUAGCCAAGGCUAGUUUGCAUGUUAGCAAAGGCCAGUUGACAUGUAAGCAAAGCCCAGUUGACUUGUUAACCAAGGCCAAUUGACUUGUUAGCCAAGGCCAGUUGACUUGUUAGCCAAGCCCAGUUUACAUUUUAGCCAAGGCCAGUUGACAUGUUAGCCAAGGCCAGUUGACUUGUUAACCAAUGCCAGUUGACAUGUUAGCCAAGGCCAGUUGACUUGUUAGCCAAGGCCAGUUGACUUGUUAGCCAAUGCCAGUUGACAUGUUAGCCAAGGCCAGUUGACUUGUUAGCCAAGGCCAGUUGACAUGUUAGCCAAGGCCAGUUGACAUGUUAGCAAAGGCCAGCUGACUUGUUAGCAAAGGCCAGCUGACUUGUUAGCAAAGGCCAGUGGACAUGUUAGCAAAGGCCAGUGGACAUGUUAGCAAAGGCCAGUGGACAUGUUAGCAAAGGCCAGUGGACAUUUUAGCAAAGAGGAGCGGCAGCUUGAGUUUUGGUCUUUUACUUAAUAUUUUUUUCAACCCCACAGAUCUCAUUAGCUAGACAAUAGUUCCAGCAGCAUGUUUUCUGACUGCAGAGUAUUUGUAAAAUAUCAAGCUACGUUGUACUUGUUUCUAAAAAAGAUAUCGUGACAUACAUAAUUCUAUAUAACGUAUCCUUGUUAGUUGAAAAUGAAAAUGAGUGAAACAAAUUUGAGGAAAACAUGAAGAAAGAACGCUACAAAAUAACGAACGUGUCGGCAAGAAGCCUUCAUCAGCGAACAAACAACAGUAAAAACAGAAUUAAAUAAAAAAUUCACUUAGUUAAAAUGUAGUAUCCGAGAGGACAUCAAGAGGAAAAGUUGAAAAUGAAACGAAACAAAUUCUGAAAACGGGGCACGGGACAACAUAAUCAACUGCAAUGUGUCAAGUUAGUUGAACAACUUCAUAAGUCGAACAGUUUCGUGACUUUUGCUGAAACUAUCAACUAAGGAUUUAAGAACAGUUUGAGUUUGAUGAGUUGUCUUUGAUUUCAACGUUGAUCAACACAAUGUUUAGUCAAAUUGUUGAAUGGAAGUAAACGGAAAAAUGAUUUGUCAGCUUGUCCAAUGGAAGUAAACGGACAAAUGAUUAGUCAGCGUGUCCAAUGGAAGUAAACGGACAAAUACAUGAUAAUAAUCAUGGGCAACCGCAGGAUUUUUUUAUUUUGUUUGGUCAUGUCAUCAGUGGCUUGUCAAUCUGAUGGUAUACAAGAGCCAAAGUUUGCUAGUAUUAUGCUUGGGCAGUGGUCAGAUAUCGCCUACUUAGUCUGGUUUGUGCUUCGUGAGGCAACCACUGAAAAUAAGAUUGUUUCCACGACGCUUGCCAUUCACCUGUUUACAUUACUGGCUUGUUUUUAUCUUCAAAAUCUUCGUAUGCAGUUUUCUGGGUAUCUUAAAGCAGUGGUCCCCAAAUGGGGGUCCGUGGACCUUCACUAGUCCGCAUGCCUAACGCUGCCGGUCCCCAUAACAUAAAUAUCUAUUGUCAAAUAGAAAUAAAAGUAUAAAAAUAAAUCAUGCACCGGACCCUGGUAAAAUUUCGAAACUUGUUCACCGGUCCGCCAAACUUAAAAGUUUGGGAACCACUGUCUUAAAGGACAAGCAAGAGCAACUGCCAGAGGAAGAUAUGUACAGGGAAUUAUUUAUGUAUCUUGUUAUUGUCUGGCCUUACUGUUUUAUGGAACGGUUGUGUGGAGGGGGCGGUCAACGCCGGGCUGCACUUUUUCUAUAUAAUAUUGAAGGGCAGAAUUUUCGGCCAACCUCAGAAUUGUUCGUCGGAGGCAGCAAAAAUCUUGACACACCUCGGGUGGCCCAAAACCUAGCUACACUCCUGUCUGGCCUUAAGCUUACAAUGUUGUUGACUUAAGAGACUCCUGCUUAGAGGAAUGUGUUUGAGUCAGACGUUGACCGUGACUACCGAUAUCACUUCGAUGAUCUAGUCACAAAACUUCACUUUCCUCCCUUACAUGUCACGGUACCACCUUCAUCUAAAAUUGUGUACAAACAUUUGAAAUAGAUAUCUGUUUAUAUAUUAUCUACUGUAUGUCUUGAAUACAACAACUGAAAAUCCAAGCAUGGAAAAGAAAAGGAUUAGUUAGAUCUGAGUGGAAGGAAGUAGUGAGGCAGGCUAAGGCCCUACAUGGGCUGUAUGGCUGUCUUGAAUUACAUUAUGAAAGUUUAGCUCAGCCUAAGUAGUAGACAGUAAGGCAGUAGGUGAAAAUAAUGGAUUGCAUUCCUCUCCUGGUCCCUUGGAUACUACAUUGCAAGCUAAGUGUUAUUUUGAUUUUUAUAUUAUUUUACUGUUGUUUGUUCGCUGAAGACGGCUUCUCGGCAACACGUUCGUUGUUGUGUUGUUUCUUUUUAUAAGGAUUUCCCAUACUUUGUUUGUUUCACUAUUUUCCUUCUACCUAACUUGUUUGCAGUCUCUCCCCCUUAUAAUCAUUUACUCCAAUAAAUCUAAUGAAUAUGUUCAACUUGGUCGAUUUGUUUACCUGAAUUUCACAAUCAGAAAUGCAAGAAUCUCUUUAAAGUUUAAAGUACUGACUGCUUUAAACAAUCAUUAAAAUUUCAGCCAACUUCUACGACAUUUUCCGGCCAUGCUGUCACGAAGGCGCCCAGUGGUCAAGUGCCAGUGGCCGGUGUGAUAAUUACCCAGCUCCUGUGUUUAACAUAUCAGAUAAUGACCAGGCCGCAUGUUUAGCCAUUAUCGAGGUAAGUUAAAUGACCAAAAAAAAAAAAAGGACUGUGGACCAUACUUUACUGUCUGUGUUUGACCAAAUUAAUUAUUUGGUGAUGUAAGUGCCAGUGGCCGGUGUGAUAAUUACCCAGCUCCUGUGUUUAACAUAUCAGAUAAUGACCAGGCCGCAUGUUUAGCCAUUAUCGAGGUAAGUUAAAUGACCAAAAAAAAAAAAAAAGGACUGUGGACCAUACUUUACUGUCUGUGUUUGACCAAAUUAAUUAUUUGGUGAUGCAUUUUCAUAUCCUCUCUGGCGAUCCAAUUGUUUGAUUUUUAAAAAAAAAUUACAUUUGGUGUUUGUAUUUGGUUGGAAAAUGACGAGACUCUGGAAAAUGAGGAGACUCUGGAAAAGGACGAGACUCUGGAAAAUGACGAGACUGGGAAAUGAGGAGAUGAACUCCUCUGUCCGCCGUUUUCUUUAUGAAGUUAGGUAGAGACAACCGUGAGACAUAAUGUUCGAUGUUAAAAACGCUAUACUUAUAGGACUGCUCUUAUAGGACUGCUCUAAUAGGACUGCUCUUAUAGGACUGCUCUUAUAGGACUGCUCUUAUAUGACUACUCUUAUAGGACUACUCUUAUAGGACUGCUCUUUGAAGUUUCUUUUUAACCGAGCCAGGCUAGACUUCUAAAUGUUUGAUGUUAAACUGAGACGGGCCAAAUGUCUUAUAAAUAAAACCUCGAGAAUGUUUGUGAUCUCUCAAUGACACAGACUCAUCUGGUCUUUAUAUAAACAGACUCCUGUAAAAACUAGAGAUGGUAAUGUAACGUAAAUGUGUUACUAUUUCAGGUGUGUUGUAAAUAUGUUACUAUUUCAGGUGUGUUGUAAUUGUGUUACUAUUUCAAGUGUGUUCUAAAUGUGUUACUAUUUCAGGCGUGUUGUAAAUGUGUUACUAUUUCAGAUGGGUUGUAAAUGUGUUACUAUUUCAGAUGGGUUGUAAAUGUGUUACUAUUUCAGGUGUGUUGUAAUUGUGUUACUAUUUCAGGUGUGUUGUAAAUGUGUUACUAUUUCAGAUGUGUUGUAAAUGUGUUACUAUUUCAGGCGUGUUAUAAAUGUGUUACUAUUUCAAGUGUGUUGUAAAUGUGUUACUUUUUCCAGGUGUGUUGUAAAUGUGUUACUAUUUCAGGUGCGUUGUAAAUGUGUUACUAUUUCAGGCGUGUUGUAAAUGUGUUACUAUUUCAAGUAUGUUGUAAAUGUGUUACUUUUUCUGGUGUGUUGUAAAUGUGUUACUAUUUCAGGUGCGUUGUAAAUGUGUUACUAUUUCAGGCGUGUUGUAAAUGGGUUACUAUUUCAAGUAUGUUGUAAAUGUGUUACUAUUUCAAGUGCGUUGUAAAUGUGCUACUAUUUCAGGUUUGUUGCAUGAAGCAAACUCAUCUACAGACAUGCGAGGAUGGCAAACAGACAGCGUUGGAAAAUCAAGUUUGUGCCAUCAGAGAUUCUGAUCCAGGGGCUGAACAAUUUAGAGUGAGUAAACACUUCCAUGUCCGGCGUGGGGGGUGGGGGGGGAUGUCAAAAUAGAAAUUAUGAAUAUGUUUCAAUUUGAAAAAUACCCCGCGUUUAAAUAUCUUCUAAUUUAAAAAUAAAUUUGCAUGAACAUAUUUAUUCUUCUUUAUGAGUCUUUCUUCACUUAGACAUAGCUAAUUUUGUUCACAUAGCCAAUUGACUAGAUCUAGUUUUACUAGAGGUAACGUAUUUAGUUUGUCAGGUCAAUGCAUACAGUGCACUGAAAAGCGGUAAAGGCAUUCUUCUUCGUGAUUCAGUUUUGAUUAGGCCUACAUUAAUACGCAUAGGCAUAUGGCAUGCCGCUCUGGACACGUGAGAUGUUAAGGACUUGCAAUAAAAAUUAAUAAUUAGGUUUUAUUUAUUCACUUCUUCAACACCAGAGAGGCUUACACGUGACUUAAAAAGAAGGCAUCAUAAUUGGGUGACUUAACUUCAUUUAACUCAGUUAAUUUUAAUGAAAUUGAUUUUUAAUCCCUUCAUCUAGGAAUGCUGUAACUGCUGCCAACUUGGAUUAGUUGCACGAACGGCCACGCCAUCCUGUGUGUCGCCUGGAUUUGGCGAGCCCUGUGAUUCCAAGUACAGGGAAUGUUGUAACGGAGAUUCAGGCGGAGACAACUCAACAACCCCUGGUUGGUCCCAAUCUUGUUUCGCUGGGAUUUAUAAGCUUGAUGGAGAUUUUUCUAAAAGCUUUAAGAAUGAAAUAUCAAGAAAUCGCUUUUAAUCAGGCUCACUUCCUACAGUAGGCCAGAGUCCUAUACUUUUUAAAUGGACUAAUAACAAGAUUGGCUUUUUAAAAGUUAAAAUUUUUGUGUUGAGUUAAAGAUCAAUUCAAAAUUUUACUUCUGCAUAAAAUUAAACACAGCAAAUUAAAGAAAAUAUGAAAACAUACAGAUUUAAGGCCUAUUUGUUAAAAAAAUUCCUUUUGUUCUAUACAGCAUAUAUCUUUGACCCUUUUACAACCAACAUUUACAACAACUAUGUCGAGAAUACAACCUCUUUCUCAACCGAUCCCAACAACUAUGUUCAUGACCAAGACCAGACGAGUCCUGCUGACGAUGGAUCAGAUGAGGACAUCGAUGAGUGUGCUUUGUUCCGGGAACAGGUCUGCUCACACAUCUGUGUCAAUACAAAAGUAGGAUUCUACUGCUCAUGUCCAGACGGCCUUAAACUUGAUCCCAGCAACAACAGGACAUGCAUGCAGACUGAAGUUGAGAAUAAACCAGGUAACCAUAGACACACAAUUUUACCAUCACAAGUAUCCGUUUCCAUUUAUGUUUAAAUCACAAGUCUUAGUUUCUGUACAUAUUUACAUCACAAGUCUUAGUUUCUGUACAUAUUUAAAUCACAGGUUUUAUUUUCUGUACAUAUUUAAAUCACAGGUUUUAGUUUAUGUACAUAUUUAAAUCACAGGUUUUAUUUUCUGUACAUAUUUAAAUCACAGGUUUUAGUUUAUGUACAUAUUUACAUCACAGGUUUUAUUUUCUGUACAUAUUUAAAUCACAUGUUUUAGUUUAUAUACAUCUUUAGAUCACAGGUUUUAGUUUCUGUACAUAUUUAAAUCACAGGUUUUAGUUUAUGUACAUAUUUACAUCACAUGUUUUAGUUUAUGAACAUCUUGACAUCACAGGACUUAGUUUAUGUACAUAUUUACAUGAUAGGUUUUAGUUUAUGUACAUAUUUAAAUCACAUGUUUUAGUUUAUAUACAUCUUUAGAUCACAGGUUUUAGUUUCUGUACAUAUUUAAAUCACAGGUUUUAGUUUAUGUACAUCUUUACAUCAUAGGUUUUAGUUUAUGUACAUAUUUAAAUCACAUGUUUUAUUUUCUGUACAUAUUUAAAUCACAGGUUUUAGUUUAUGUACAUCUUGACAUCACAGGUUUUAUUUUCUGUACAUAUUUAAAUCAUAGGUUUUAUUUUCUGUACAUAUUUAAAUCACAGGUAUUAUUUUCUGUACAUAUUUAAAUCACAGGUUUUAGUUUAUGUACAUAUUUACAUCAUAGGUUUUAUUUUCUGUACAUAUUUAAAUCACAGGUUUUAGUUUAUGUACAUAUUUAAAUCACAGGUUUUAGUUUAUGUACAUAUUUACAUCAUAGGUUUUAUUUUCUGUACAUAUUUAAAUCACAGGUUUUAUUUUCUGUACAUAUUUAAAUCACAGGUUUUAGUUUAUGUACAUAUUUACAUCAUAGGUUUUAGUUUAUGUACAUCUUGACAUCACAGGUUUUAUUUUCUGUACAUAUUUAAAUCACAGGUUUUAGUUUAUGUACAUAUUUAAAUCACAGGUUUUAGUUUAUGUACAUAUUUACAUCAUAGGUUUUAGUUUAUGUACAUAUUUAAAUCACAGGUUUUAUUUUCUGUACAUAUUUAAAUCACAGGUUUUAGUUUAUGUACAUAUUUACAUCAUAGGUUUUAGUUUAUGUACAUAUUUAAAUCACAGGUUUUAUUUUCUGUACAUAUUUAAAUCACAGGUUUUAGUUUAUGUACAUAUUUACAUCACAGGUUUUAUUUUCUGUACAUAUUUAAAUCACAGGUUUUAUUUUAUGUACAUAUUUAAAUCACAGGUUUUAGUUUAUGUACAUAUUUACAUCAUAGGUUUUAUUUUCUGUACAUAUUUAAAUCACAGGUUUUAUUUUCUGUACAUAUUUAAAUCACAGGUUUUAGUUUAUGUACAUAUUUACAUCAUAGGUUUUAUUUUCUGUACAUAUUUAAAUCACAGGUUUUAUUUUCUGUACAUAUUUAAAUCACAGGUUUUAGUUUAUGUACAUAUUUACAUCAUAGGUUUUAGUUUAUGUACAUAUUUAAAUCACAGGUUUUAUUUUCUGUACAUAUUUAAAUCACAGGUUUUAGUUUAUGUACAUAUUUACAUCAUAGGUUUUAUUUUCUGUACAUAUUUAAAUCACAGGUUUUAUUUUCUGUACAUAUUUAAAUCACAGGUUUUAGUUUAUGUACAUAUUUACAUCAUAGGUUUUAGUUUAUGUACAUAUUUAAAUCACAGGUUUUAUUUUCUGUACAUAUUUAAAUCACAGGUUUUAGUUUAUGUACAUAUUUACAUCAUAGGUUUUAGUUUAUGUACAUAUUUAAAUCACAGGUUUUAUUUUCUGUACAUAUUUAAAUCACAGGUUUUAGUUUAUGUACAUAUUUACAUCAUAGGUUUUAGUUUAUGUACAUAUUUAAAUCACAGGUUUUAUUUUCUGUACAUAUUUAAAUCACAGGUUUUAGUUUAUGUACAUAUUUACAUCAUAGGUUUUAGUUUAUGUACAUAUUUAAAUCACAGGUUUUAUUUUCUGUACAUAUUUAAAUCACAGGUUUUAGUUUAUGUACAUAUUUAAAUCACAUGUUUUAGUUUAUGUACAUCUUUACAUCAUAGGUUUUAGUUUAUGUACAUAUUUAAAUCACAGGUUUUAUUUUCUGUACAUAUUUAAAUCACAGGUUUUAGUUUAUGUACAUCUUGACAUCACAGGUUUUAUUUUCUGUACAUAUUUAAAUCACAGGUUUUAAUUUCUGUACAUAUUUAAAUCACAGGUUUUAGUUUAUGUACAUAUUUACAUCAUAGGUUUUAGUUUAUGUACAUAUUUAAAUCACAGGUUUUAUUUUCUGUACAUAUUUAAAUCACAGGUUUUAGUUUAUGUACAUCUUUACAUCAUAGGUUUUAGUUUAUGUACAUAUUUAAAUCACAUGUUUUAUUUUCUGUACAUAUUUAAAUCACAGGUUUUAGUUUAUGUACAUCUUGACAUCACAGGUUUUAUUUUCUGUACAUAUUUAAAUCAUAGGUUUUAUUUUCUGUACAUAUUUAAAUCACAGGUAUUAUUUUCUGUACAUAUUUAAAUCACAGGUUUUAGUUUAUGUACAUAUUUACAUCAUAGGUUUUAUUUUCUGUACAUAUUUAAAUCACAGGUUUUAGUUUAUGUACAUAUUUAAAUCACAGGUUUUAGUUUAUGUACAUAUUUACAUCAUAGGUUUUAUUUUCUGUACAUAUUUAAAUCACAGGUUUUAUUUUCUGUACAUAUUUAAAUCACAGGUUUUAGUUUAUGUACAUAUUUACAUCAUAGGUUUUAGUUUAUGUACAUCUUGACAUCACAGGUUUUAUUUUCUGUACAUAUUUAAAUCACAGGUUUUAGUUUAUGUACAUAUUUAAAUCACAGGUUUUAGUUUAUGUACAUAUUUACAUCAUAGGUUUUAGUUUAUGUACAUAUUUAAAUCACAGGUUUUAUUUUCUGUACAUAUUUAAAUCACAGGUUUUAGUUUAUGUACAUAUUUACAUCAUAGGUUUUAGUUUAUGUACAUAUUUAAAUCACAGGUUUUAUUUUCUGUACAUAUUUAAAUCACAGGUUUUAGUUUAUGUACAUAUUUACAUCAUAGGUUUUAGUUUAUGUACAUAUUUAAAUCACAGGUUUUAUUUUCUGUACAUAUUUAAAUCACAGGUUUUAGUUUAUGUACAUAUUUACAUCAUAGGUUUUAGUUUAUGUACAUAUUUAAAUCACAGGUUUUAUUUUCUGUACAUAUUUAAAUCACAGGUUUUAGUUUAUGUACAUAUUUACAUCAUAGGUUUUAGUUUAUGUACAUAUUUAAAUCACAGGUUUUAUUUUCUGUACAUAUUUAAAUCACAGGUUUUAGUUUAUGUACAUAUUUACAUCAUAGGUUUUAGUUUAUGUACAUAUUUAAAUCACAGGUUUUAUUUUCUGUACAUAUUUAAAUCACAGGUUUUAGUUUAUGUACAUAUUUACAUCAUAGGUUUUAGUUUAUGUACAUAUUUAAAUCACAGGUUUUAUUUUCUGUACAUAUUUAAAUCACAGGUUUUAGUUUAUGUACAUAUUUACAUCACAGGUUUUAUUUUCUGUACAUAUUUAAAUCACAGGUUUUAUUUUAUGUACAUAUUUAAAUCACAGGUUUUAGUUUAUGUACAUAUUUACAUCAUAGGUUUUAUUUUCUGUACAUAUUUAAAUCACAGGUUUUAUUUUCUGUACAUAUUUAAAUCACAGGUUUUAGUUUAUGUACAUAUUUACAUCAUAGGUUUUAGUUUAUGUACAUAUUUAAAUCACAGGUUUUAUUUUCUGUACAUAUUUAAAUCACAGGUUUUAGUUUAUGUACAUAUUUACAUCAUAGGUUUUAGUUUAUGUACAUAUUUAAAUCACAGGUUUUAUUUUCUGUACAUAUUUAAAUCACAGGUUUUAGUUUAUGUACAUCUUGACAUCACAGGUUUUAUUUUCUGUACAUAUUUAAAUCACAGGUUUUAAUUUCUGUACAUAUUUAAAUCACAGGUUUUAGUUUAUGUACAUAUUUACAUCAUAGGUUUUAGUUUAUGUACAUAUUUAAAUCACAGGUUUUAUUUUCUGUACAUAUUUAAAUCACAGGUUUUAGUUUAUGUACAUAUUUACAUCAUAGGUUUUAUUUUCUGUACAUAUUUAAAUCACAGGUUUUAGUUUAUGUACAUAUUUAAAUCACAGGUUUUAGUUUAUGUACAUAUUUACAUCAUAGGUUUUAUUUUCUGUACACAUUUAAAUCACAGGUUUUAUUUUCUGUACAUAUUUACAUCACAGGUUUUAGUUUAUGUACAUAUUUAUAUCACAGGUUUUAGUUUAUGUACAUCUUAACAUCACAGGUUUUAUUUUCUGUACAUAUUUAAAUCACAGGUUUUAUUUUCUGUACAUAUUUAAAUCACAGGUUUUAGUUUAUGUACAUAUUUACAUCAUAGGUUUUAUUUUCUGUACAUAUUUAAAUCACAGGUUUUAGUUUAUGUACAUAUUUAAAUCACAGGUUUUAGUUUAUGUACAUAUUUAAAUCACAGGUUUUAGUUUAUGUACAUAUUUACAUCAUAGGUUUUAGUUUAUGUACAUAUUUAAAUCACAGGUUUUAUUUUCUGUACAUAUUUAAAUCAUAGGUUUUAGUUUAUGUACAUAUUUAAAUCACAGGUUUUAUUUUCUGUACAUAUUUACAUCAUAGGUUUUAUUUUCUGUACAUAUUUAAAUCACAGGUUUUAGUUUAUGUACAUAUUUAAAUCACAGGUUUUAGUUUAUGUACAUAUUUACAUCAUAGGUUUUAUUUUCUGUAUAUAUUUAAAUCACAUGUUUUAGUUUAUGUACAUAUUUACAUCAUAGGUUUUAGUUUAUGUACAUAUUUAAAUCACAGGUUUUAGUGUAUGUACAUCUUUACAUCACAGGUUUUAGUUUAUGUACAUAUUUAAAUCACAGGUUUUAGUUUAUGUACAUCUUUAUAUCAUAGGUUUUAAUUUAUGUACAUAUUUAAAUAACAGGUUUUAUUUUCUGUACAUAUUUAAAUCACAGGUUUUAGUUUAUGUACAUCUUGACAUCACAGGUUUUAUUUUCUGUACAUAUUUAAAUCAUAGGUUUUAUUUUCUGUACAUAUUUAAAUCACAGGUAUUAUUUUCUGUACAUAUUUAAAUCACAGGUUUUAGUUUAUGUACAUAUUUACAUCAUAGGUUUUAUUUUCUGUACAUAUUUAAAUCACAGGUUUUAGUUUAUGUACAUAUUUAAAUCACAGGUUUUAGUUUAUGUACAUAUUUACAUCAUAGGUUUUAUUUUCUGUACAUAUUUAAAUCACAGGUUUUAUUUUCUGUACAUAUUUAAAUCACAGGUUUUAGUUUAUGUACAUAUUUACAUCAUAGGUUUUAGUUUAUGUACAUCUUGACAUCACAGGUUUUAUUUUCUGUACAUAUUUAAAUCACAGGUUUUAGUUUAUGUACAUAUUUAAAUCACAGGUUUUAGUUUAUGUACAUAUUUACAUCAUAGGUUUUAGUUUAUGUACAUAUUUAAAUCACAGGUUUUAUUUUCUGUACAUAUUUAAAUCACAGGUUUUAGUUUAUGUACAUAUUUACAUCAUAGGUUUUAGUUUAUGUACAUAUUUAAAUCACAGGUUUUAUUUUCUGUACAUAUUUAAAUCACAGGUUUUAGUUUAUGUACAUAUUUACAUCAUAGGUUUUAGUUUAUGUACAUAUUUAAAUCACAGGUUUUAUUUUCUGUACAUAUUUAAAUCACAGGUUUUAGUUUAUGUACAUAUUUACAUCACAGGUUUUAUUUUCUGUACAUAUUUAAAUCACAGGUUUUAUUUUAUGUACAUAUUUAAAUCACAGGUUUUAGUUUAUGUACAUAUUUACAUCAUAGGUUUUAUUUUCUGUACAUAUUUAAAUCACAGGUUUUAUUUUCUGUACAUAUUUAAAUCACAGGUUUUAGUUUAUGUACAUAUUUACAUCAUAGGUUUUAGUUUAUGUACAUAUUUAAAUCACAGGUUUUAUUUUCUGUACAUAUUUAAAUCACAGGUUUUAGUUUAUGUACAUAUUUACAUCAUAGGUUUUAUUUUCUGUACAUAUUUAAAUCACAGGUUUUAUUUUCUGUACAUAUUUAAAUCACAGGUUUUAGUUUAUGUACAUAUUUACAUCAUAGGUUUUAGUUUAUGUACAUAUUUAAAUCACAGGUUUUAUUUUCUGUACAUAUUUAAAUCACAGGUUUUAGUUUAUGUACAUAUUUACAUCAUAGGUUUUAUUUUCUGUACAUAUUUAAAUCACAGGUUUUAUUUUCUGUACAUAUUUAAAUCACAGGUUUUAGUUUAUGUACAUAUUUACAUCAUAGGUUUUAGUUUAUGUACAUAUUUAAAUCACAGGUUUUAUUUUCUGUACAUAUUUAAAUCACAGGUUUUAGUUUAUGUACAUAUUUACAUCACAGGUUUUAUUUUCUGUACAUAUUUAAAUCACAGGUUUUAUUUUAUGUACAUAUUUAAAUCACAGGUUUUAGUUUAUGUACAUAUUUACAUCAUAGGUUUUAUUUUCUGUACAUAUUUAAAUCACAGGUUUUAUUUUCUGUACAUAUUUAAAUCACAGGUUUUAGUUUAUGUACAUAUUUACAUCAUAGGUUUUAGUUUAUGUACAUAUUUAAAUCACAGGUUUUAUUUUCUGUACAUAUUUAAAUCACAGGUUUUAGUUUAUGUACAUAUUUACAUCAUAGGUUUUAGUUUAUGUACAUAUUUAAAUCACAGGUUUUAUUUUCUGUACAUAUUUAAAUCACAGGUUUUAGUUUAUGUACAUCUUGACAUCACAGGUUUUAUUUUCUGUACAUAUUUAAAUCACAGGUUUUAAUUUCUGUACAUAUUUAAAUCACAGGUUUUAGUUUAUGUACAUAUUUACAUCAUAGGUUUUAGUUUAUGUACAUAUUUAAAUCACAGGUUUUAUUUUCUGUACAUAUUUAAAUCACAGGUUUUAGUUUAUGUACAUAUUUACAUCAUAGGUUUUAUUUUCUGUACAUAUUUAAAUCACAGGUUUUAGUUUAUGUACAUAUUUAAAUCACAGGUUUUAGUUUAUGUACAUAUUUACAUCAUAGGUUUUAUUUUCUGUACACAUUUAAAUCACAGGUUUUAUUUUCUGUACAUAUUUACAUCACAGGUUUUAGUUUAUGUACAUAUUUAUAUCACAGGUUUUAGUUUAUGUACAUCUUAACAUCACAGGUUUUAUUUUCUGUACAUAUUUAAAUCACAGGUUUUAUUUUCUGUACAUAUUUAAAUCACAGGUUUUAGUUUAUGUACAUAUUUACAUCAUAGGUUUUAUUUUCUGUACAUAUUUAAAUCACAGGUUUUAGUUUAUGUACAUAUUUAAAUCACAGGUUUUAGUUUAUGUACAUAUUUAAAUCACAGGUUUUAGUUUAUGUACAUAUUUACAUCAUAGGUUUUAGUUUAUGUACAUAUUUAAAUCACAGGUUUUAUUUUCUGUACAUAUUUAAAUCAUAGGUUUUAGUUUAUGUACAUAUUUAAAUCACAGGUUUUAUUUUCUGUACAUAUUUACAUCAUAGGUUUUAUUUUCUGUACAUAUUUAAAUCACAGGUUUUAGUUUCUGUACAUAUUUAAAUCACAGGUUUUAGUUUAUGUACAUCUUUACAUCAUAGGUUUUAGUUUAUGUACAUAUUUAAAUCACAUGUUUUAUUUUCUGUACAUAUUUAAAUCACAGGUUUUAGUUUAUGUACAUCUUGACAUCACAGGUUUUAUUUUCUGUACAUAUUUAAAUCAUAGGUUUUAUUUUCUGUACAUAUUUAAAUCACAGGUAUUAUUUUCUGUACAUAUUUAAAUCACAGGUUUUAGUUUAUGUACAUAUUUACAUCAUAGGUUUUAUUUUCUGUACAUAUUUAAAUCACAGGUUUUAGUUUAUGUACAUAUUUAAAUCACAGGUUUUAGUUUAUGUACAUAUUUACAUCAUAGGUUUUAUUUUCUGUACAUAUUUAAAUCACAGGUUUUAUUUUCUGUACAUAUUUAAAUCACAGGUUUUAGUUUAUGUACAUAUUUACAUCAUAGGUUUUAGUUUAUGUACAUCUUGACAUCACAGGUUUUAUUUUCUGUACAUAUUUAAAUCACAGGUUUUAGUUUAUGUACAUAUUUAAAUCACAGGUUUUAGUUUAUGUACAUAUUUACAUCAUAGGUUUUAGUUUAUGUACAUAUUUAAAUCACAGGUUUUAUUUUCUGUACAUAUUUAAAUCACAGGUUUUAGUUUAUGUACAUAUUUACAUCAUAGGUUUUAGUUUAUGUACAUAUUUAAAUCACAGGUUUUAUUUUCUGUACAUAUUUAAAUCACAGGUUUUAGUUUAUGUACAUAUUUACAUCAUAGGUUUUAUUUUCUGUACAUAUUUAAAUCACAGGUUUUAGUUUAUGUACAUAUUUAAAUCACAGGUUUUAGUUUAUGUACAUAUUUACAUCAUAGGUUUUAUUUUCUGUACAUAUUUAAAUCACAGGUUUUAUUUUCUGUACAUAUUUAAAUCACAGGUUUUAGUUUAUGUACAUAUUUACAUCAUAGGUUUUAGUUUAUGUACAUCUUGACAUCACAGGUUUUAUUUUCUGUACAUAUUUAAAUCACAGGUUUUAGUUUAUGUACAUAUUUAAAUCACAGGUUUUAGUUUAUGUACAUAUUUACAUCAUAUGUUUUAGUUUAUGUACAUAUUUAAAUCACAGGUUUUAUUUUCUGUACAUAUUUAAAUCAUAGGUUUUAGUUUAUGUACAUAUUUAAAUCACAGGUUUUAUUUUCUGUACAUAUUUAAAUCACAGGUUUUAGUUUAUGUACAUCUUGACAUCACAGGUUUUAUUUUCUGUACAUAUUUACAUCAUAGGUUUUAGUUUAUGUACAUAUUUAAAUCACAGGUUUUAUUUUCUGUACAUAUUUAAAUCAUAGGUUUUAGUUUAUGUACAUAUUUAAAUCACAGGUUUUAUUUUCUGUACAUAUUUACAUCAUAGGUUUUAUUUUCUGUACAUAUUUAAAUCACAGGUUUUAGUUUAUGUACAUAUUUAAAUCACAGGUUUUAGUUUAUGUACAUAUUUACAUCAUAGGUUUUAUUUUCUGUAUAUAUUUAAAUCACAUGUUUUAGUUUAUGUACAUAUUUACAUCAUAGGUUUUAGUUUAUGUACAUAUUUAAAUCACAGGUUUUAGUGUAUGUACAUCUUUACAUCACAGGUUUUAGUUUAUGUACAUAUUUAAAUCACAGGUUUUAGUUUAUGUACAUCUUUAUAUCAUAGGUUUUAGUUUAUGUACAUAUUUAAAUAACAGGUUUUAUUUUCUGUACAUAUUUAAAUCACAGGUUUUAGUUUAUGUACAUAUUUACAUCAUAGGUUUUAUUUUCUGUACAUAUUUACAUCACAGGUUUUAUUUUCUGUACAUAUUUACAUCACAGGUUUUAUUUUCUGUACAUAUUUAAAUCACAGGUUUUAUUUUCUGUACAUAUUUAAACAACAGGUUUUAGUUUAUGUACAUAUUUACAUCAUAGGUUUUAUUUUCUGUACAUAUUUAAAUCACAGGUUUUAAUUUAUGUACAUAUUUACAUCACAGGUUUUAUUUUCUGUACAUAAUUAAAUCACAGGUUUUAGUUUAUGUACAUAUUUACAUCACAUGUUUUAGUUUAUGUACAUAUUUAAAUCACAGGUUUUAGUUUAAGUACAUAUUUACAUCACAUGUUUUAGUUUAUGUACAUAUUUAAAUCACAGGUUUUAGUUUAUGUACAUAUUUAAAUCACAUGUUUUAGUUAAUGUACAUAUUUAAAUCACAUGUUUUAGUUUAUGUACAUAUUUAAAUCACAUGUUUUAGUUUAUUUACAUAUUUAAAUCACAGGUUUUAGUUUAAGUACAUAUUUACAUCACAGGUUUUAGUUUAUGUACAUCUUUAAAUCACAGGUUUUAGUUUAAGUACAUCUUUACAUCACAUGUUUUAGUUUCUGUAUAUAUUUAAAUCACAUGUUUUAGUUUAUGUACAUAUUUACAUCACAUGUUUUAGUUUAUGUACAUAUUUACAUCACAUUUUUUAGUUUAUGUACAUAUUUACAUCACAUGUUUUAGUUUAUGUACAUAUUUAAAUCACAUGUUUUAGUUUAUGUACAUAUUUACAUGAUAGGUUUUAGUUUAUGUUCAUAUUUGCAUCACAUGUUUUAGUUUCUGUACAUAUUUACAUCACAUGUUUUAGUUUAUGUACAUCUUUACAUCACAGGUUUUAGUUUCUGUACAUAUUUAUAUCACAGGUCUUAGUUUCUGUACAUAUUUAUAUCACAUGUUUUAUUUUCUGUACAUCUUUACAUCACAGUUCUUAGUUUCUGUACAUAUUUACAUCACACGUUUUAGUUUAUGUACAUCUUUACAUCACAGGUUUUAUUUUCUGCACAUCUUUACAUCACAUGUUUUAGUUUCUGUACAUCUUUACAUCACAGUUCUUAGUUUCUGUACAUAUUUACAUCACACGUUUUAGUUUAUGUACAUCUUUACAUCACAGGUUUUAUUUUCUGUACAUAUUUACAUCACAGGUUUUAGUUUCUGUACAUAUUUACAUCACAGGUUUUAGUUUCUGUACAUAUUUACAUCCUAUAAUACAUAAAAAAGACAAAGUUUGCUAGAUUAUUUUAUAAAGACAUAUUAUUGUAACUGAAAGAAAACCCAAGGUUGCUCUGUUUACUCCAAAUGCUUAAAAUAGUCAUCAAGCAUUUCUAAAUGAUGUGGCCAUGAUUUAUUUGGAUUGUUCAUGCUGUUUGCAUUCAAUGGCCUCAUACCACUGAGUAAACUCAUGAUUUUCAUCAUUGAUUUCGUAACAGACUUUUAAAAAGCACAGCACAAUUGCAAGAAAAUAAUCUAAUAAAUAAAUUUUACAAAAUUAUUUCAGAGUCAGUCUCUGCCACUGGUCCUCUUGAAGGGCCCAAUGGGGCUCAUGACUGUGAGUACAACAACCCAUGUGAACAACGGUGUGUGAUUAAUGAGGAGAGUUUGCUUCAGUGCAAAUGUUAUGAUGGCUACCGCCUGGCAGCAGACAAGAUGGCAUGUGAAGGUAAUCAGGACAUAAUUAAAUAUGAACAUGUUUUUUUUAACUGAACAACUUUCCUACUGAGGCAAAAUAUUCCAAACUGGAAAAGCAAUAUGUUGUCUUUUAGCAGGAAGGACAAAUGGCUGAAAAGUUAUCUGGCUGUAUUUAAAAAAUUAAUGAACAGAGUUACACACAUGCCCUUUUGAAUAAAUGCCAAUAUUUUUUUGAAAUAAAUAUCGUUGUAGCAUGAUUUGUUUGCAUACAAAUACAUGAGUGACAAAGUUUAGAUGAACAUUCAAUGAAAAUUAUUUCGCAUUUCUUUAAUGAAUAUAUUCACUAUAGGGGAAGAAAACGUUAAAAAAAUAAAAUGUUAUGAAAGCUAAACCUCAUACGAAAAAAUGGACUGAUAGUUUUGGAUUUUGACCUAUGCCUAAACAAAUCAAUGGGUUCGCGCAUACAGGCAGAAAGCCGUGGAUCGAUCAGAAUGAAAGGAUGUGGUGAAGCAGGCCAGGGUCCUGUAUGGGAUGUGGCGCCAUUGAUGAUGAUGAAGGAAGAAAAAGAGAAUUUGUCACUUAAAAUUUUCUUGAGGUUUAAAUGUGAUCCAUGCAGUCGAAAUUGCAGUAAAUAUAACUAACUGAAAACUGUUUUACUCCGAUCCCCAUGUUUUCAGAUAUUGACGAAUGUAAGGAGAAAUCAGCAACUUGUCCUGGGGUCCAGAUGUGUGUCAAUACAAGAGGUGGCUACACAUGUGUCACUCGAUGCCCUCCUAACUUGGUACAGAACCAAGUAACUGGUGUCUGUGAACAAGGAAAGCAACACUGUAAGACUGGAUUCUUAUUCAAUGCAGAAACCAACAAAUGUGAAGGUAAGCUCUAUAUAUGGUGUGCUAUCUGCAUGAUUCAGAUGCCAGUUUGGUUGGGUUGGUGGGAUUCAAUGCAGAAACCAACAAAUGUGAAGGUAAGCUCUAUAUAUGGUGUGCUAUCUGCAUGAUUCAGAUGCCAGUUUGGUUGGGUUGGUGGGGUGGGGGGGGGGGGGACUUUGACAAGUAAGUUUAUUUAACAUUUUCUGAUGCCGGUCUGAACAAUUUCAUUUUUUUUCCACAACUACUGUCCCAAUAUAUAGUAUUUUAUUACCCUUCUUUCAUUUUUCUUGUUCACCAUGUUCAUGGCCACAUUAUUUGCUAUGUGCCAUUUAAUGAUUUUUUUUAAAAAUUAGAAUCACUAAUUCACAUUUAUAGAAUAUCCAUGUGUGUCUUUAUGUCAUAUUUGAAGGCUUUCUUUGUAUGUUCCUUUAAAGAUCAAAAUGUAUUCUGAGUCUUCAAAAGAAUGGUUAUUUUCUUUAUUGUAUUUGAUCGAUGGGAUUAAAGGUCCUCUAUAAAAUGGAAUAUUUUCUCAGGAAUCAUCAGGACCAGAAGAGGAUAUUUGUGAAACUAGGUAUGGGUAAAACCUAAAAAAAUGUGACGUAACAAAACAACAAAAGAAUCUGCAAGAAACCUUCUUCAGUGAACAAACAACGAGUUGCACAAAUGUAAAAAUAAACAUGACGUCCUAUUUUCAGGAUUUCACAUACCUUAUUUCACAUAUUUCCUUCUACCUUGCCUGAUUGCAGUCUCUUUCUACCUUAUUAUAAUGAUCAGGACCAGCUGUGGUUAGGCAGAGGAAAUAAAAUCUAAAUAUUGAUUUAGUUCUCAUAUAUUAGACACCAUAUUUUUCUGAGUAUAUUAAAAAUGAUUGUUUUUUUACUUGAGGUUAAUACUCCCUGAGUAUAUCACAAAUGUUUUUUUUUAAUCGAGGUUUAUACUCCCUGAGUAUAUUACAAAUGAUUGUUUUUUUACUUGAGGUUUAUAUUCCAACAUUGGUACAGGUUUAUUUUCUCUUAUUUUCAGAUCUGAAUGAAUGUGGUCUGGGCAUUGACUCUUGUGACACUGGUGCAAGAUGUGAGAACACCAUUGGUUCCUAUGUGUGUCGUAGGGAACGCCACUGUGGAACCGGCUACACAUUAGAUGAAGAGUCUCAAAAAUGUAUAGGUAGGCCUAUUUGUCAUAUAUCUAUCAUCAGGUCUCCAAUCUUGUGACAAAAACUUCUACUAAUGUCAUAUUAUGGAUAUCACCUGAAUGAUUUAUGCUCACAGAUUAAAUAAUUAUAAUUUAAAUUGCAAUGCACUGACAUCUAGGAAUAUUAAUAAUAGUUUUUAUUACUGGGGAAAAAUCAUUUUCAUCAAAAUAAUCAAAUGUACCCCAUUAUAAUUAUUGCCCUUAUCUUGAUAUAUAAAAGUGCAAUCUAUGAAAUUAAAAUAAUUAGAAAAAUUGGAAAUGAAAUUAUAAAGAAAAAAAAGAUCUUUCAGUGAUUUAAAAAAAAAAAAGAAUAGAGAGUCACAUGAAAAUACUACAAAAAUGUUGGGGUCCCUUUUGGCAAGAAAAAAAAGGUGCAGCAUUUAAUUUAAUUACCCGUAAUAAUUUGAUUUUUUUCUAACCAUAAAACCAUAAAAUAUUCCUUAUGCUAUCUUUCAGAUAAUGAUGAAUGUGUUCUUGGUACGCAUAACUGUAAUGAUGGCUAUAGAUGUCAGAAUAUUCAGGGAUCAUUUAGGUAAGACACUAUACCCAUCAAUUAUCCAGUUUUAGUAGAGGGAAUGAUUGUAAAGUCUUUUUUGACAAUAUUUUUGACCAUUGUUGAUUUGAUUUUUUUCUGGCCUAAUUAUAAGCUCUUUUAAUUUAAACCAUGUGUGCACUGACUUUCUCUUGGCUUUUUUUUUUUUAGUUAGCAAAGUGUGCAUUAUCCCAUGUGCAGAUACUUUGAAUUUUAAAAGACAACUUUUGUUAUGUAUAAAUAUUUUUAAUGAUUUUAAACAAUUUCAAUGAUUUUUUUAUCAAAAUAUCAAUUUUAUUAGCACAAAUAGCAAAAGAUAGUGUCAAUUUAUUUUGAAAAACAUACUGGCAUAAUCCCUGCAAGUUGCUUGUAGAAGCAAAUUGAAAAAUACCAAAUUGAUCGCAAGGGCUAAUGCAAACCUCAUUGGACAUAUUAUAUUGUUUAAAAACACAUUGAUAAAUAAUUUUUAGAUGUGUUCCAAAGCCAUGUGCCAAAGGAUUCAGAUUUGACCCAGUAAAAGCUGAGUGUAUUGCAAUCCAAUGUCCGGUUGGACUUAAACCAAAUGAGGCUGGCAAUUGUGUAGGUAAGUCUUAUUUCCACUUCAGAAAUUGUAGGCAGAUAAAUAGCAAUUAAGACACUGAUGGGUAGAGGAGAUGGUCAAAUUAAGAAAUGUUUUCUAAGGCGACAAAUAAGAAGUUGCAAAAGGUUGUGACAACUGCUUGUGUAUACAAGAAUUUAAUAAACAAGAAAGUUUUAAAAUGUUCUUCUUCUUCUUCUAUAUCUUAAGGGCCCACGAUCAAUUUAUUGAUCAUUUUGGCUCCUAUGCAUGUAGAUGGGAUUUGCAAUGUUAGACUAUAUCAUGCUCUAAUUAUCAAAGAGCAAUCAUACAUUUUUCUAGAAAUGGGGGUGAGUUGAUACUCCAUUACAAGAGCUGUAAAAGAAGAAAGAAAAAAAUAAGCAAUUUUACUCAUACUGAAAUCACAUUAUAUUAAUCAAGGUUAAAGUAUUUAAUUAUCAUUUGCGUUUAGAAAAUUUAAAAAAUGUAUGUUUUAAAAAAUCACUGUGCUUUAUUAACAGAUAUUAAUGAGUGCAUAGAAAUGGGUGAAACUGCCUGCCGACGACACCAGAAAUGUGUUAAUACGAGAGGUUCUUAUCACUGUCGUAAUAUUGUCAACUGUCCUGCAGGAUAUGAACCUUCAGAAACAAAUGGCUGUUUAGGUGAUUAUCUUUUGGUGUUUUAUUUUAUCAUUAAUUAUCUUUUUUUUUUAAAUUGAAAAAAAAAUGUACUUUAUAGUAAAACAAUAUUGGAAUUUAAAUCCAGUUUUAGAUUAUAAACAUAUUAAAAUGAUUUUUCUGAGAGAUACGGCAAAAUGUAUAAACAGAUAAUAUAUGUGCAUAGGUAAUUUUAGAAGAAUAUCCCUAUGUGUGUCUUCCUGACAGUUUAUUAUAUUUGAGGAAAAUGAAACCUAAAAUUCUUUAGGGCAAACAUAUUAUACACAAUCACACAGUCCCAUCUGCCCUUCAUCCCCUGUGGCCGCAGGGGGCCUUGGUUAUGUUAGUGCCCCAUCGUUUUGAAUGUGAUAUGGAAACUAUAUAAAAGGAAGUAUUACAAAUGUUUUUGUUGUAUGUUCUUCAAACACAACGAUGACCAAAACAAUUUUCGACUUGAGUGGUAGCCUUGACUUAGCUGUAAUUUUGUUUUAAGUGUGUGAGUGUUGCUCAGUUUGUCAGCCUCACGCUCUCAUCCUUGCCUAUUUGAUCCAAUGACAAGGCUUAGUCAAGAUGACUGGAAAUAGACCAGGAUGCAGUAGAUAACCAGCAGAGUGUGGGUAUGUUUCUUUAUGUGUUCUACCUCACAGGAGUUGUUGGAAUUUCCAUUGAGUCAAUGUCAUACCGCCUAUAGCACUCCAUCUCCGGGUUUGAUUUCAGAGUUUGUUUUCUCUUAGAUGAGUUGCCAUCCAAGGUUAAGUGACACGAUGGCUCUGUAUCCAUGUAGGACUGGUUAAGGUGUAAUUUGGAUACAAAGUUUUCCAAUAAGCUAUAAUGUCACAUUUGAAAGGAAAUUAGAUGUUUAUUAAGUUAAAUAUAAUUUCAUUGAUGAUGUCUCAAUCAAUUACCAUUGUAUAACUAUCUCUAUUUUUUAAAUGUAGCAAGCUGUUAUUUUAAAUAUAUAUCUACUAUCGCAUAAAGUUUUUGAUUUGUUGUUAUCCACUAGUGUGUAGUUUUUAAUCUUGAUAAUUAAGAGAAAAAAUUAUUGGAUGAAAGUUAGGCAAUGAAGACUAUGAAGUAUGAUGUAACUAUCCCAAUUAUAUAUUAACUAUUGGGAAUGAAGAACUCAAAAACUAUUGUAUUUUUUUAGAUGUUAAUGAAUGUGAACGUGGAACUCACAAAUGCGAGACUGAACAACAAUGUAUAAAUAAACAAGGGACGUACUACUGUCAGUGUCCUAGAGGAAUGAAACAUGACCAUCUUGGACGUUGUGUAGGUAUGUAGAUACAUGAAACAUAGCAGCAUUAGAAAUUCAUCAAUUUUUUUAAAAUUUUAAACUAAGUAGCAAACUAUCUCUACGUCUCUUUGUUACAUUGGCUAUUAUAAUUUUUUGUUAAAAAGAUGCUAGUCUUUACUAAGGUUAAAUUUGUGCAUUCUGGAAUGCAAUGUUUGAGUGUCAUACAAGUAAAUUUCUUCUUUAGAAAAAAAGACUAUGAAAGUUUUCAGUGAAAUUUAAAAAAAUAAAAUAUGAAUGUUUUUGUUUUCAGAUGUGGAUGAAUGCUCAUAUGGGGCUGCCAUCUGCCCUACAAAUUCUCACUGUGUUAACACAAUAGGAUCAUUUAAAUGUGAAUGCAGUGACGGAUUAGUGGAUGAUGGGAACGAUGCUUGCUCAGGUAACCACAAUAUUUAUAGUUUUCCUUUACUAUUUUCAAACAUCUUUAAAUCUUUAAAAAAAUAAAGUUUUAUGAAAGGAACAUUCUUUUAAUUAAUGUAUUUUUAACACAUAAAAUAAAACUUUAAAGGUCUUUAUGUUUUUACAUAAACAAAAAUGUUUUAAAAUAAAAUACAAAUGUUUUUAAAUAAAAUGUAAAAAUGUGCUUGCAUUCUGUUGAUCCUGAUAAGUCAAUCCUUUUUAUUUAAAUCUCAAUACUCUAUGAGCAUUGUUGACACAUUUUAUCCACUUUUACUUUGCAAAUUAUAUUUAACUUUUGCAAUUUCAGACUUUAACAAUAUACAACAAUAGUAAAUAUUCUUCUUAUAUAUUUUGAGGGCCCAGGAUCAAUAUAUUGAUCAUUCUGGAUCCUAUGUUUGUAGAGGUGUUCGCGAUGUAACUGUGCAUGGUUUUGAAGAGGAUACUUCACUGGAUGCAAUGGCUACUCAGUGAUGGUAUUAAGAACUGGGGGUUGGAAGACAGGAGGCAAAAAGAAGCAAAUUUUUCCAGUGUAGUCGCCUCAACUGUUGCUUGAAUAAAUGAUAAACAAGAGAUAUUUACAAUUAUAAUAGAUCACAUUGUAAAUGCAGUAAGGAGUGACAUCAAAGUUGAAAAUUUCCGCUUUCAGAUAGCAUUUUAAUAUUGUGACUAACUUCUAAGUCUUAAAUACUUAAAUAUCUAAUCAGUGAUGCACCAAAAAGACAAAUAUAAAACCGUAGACAGCCCAUGCCUCAGAAAAACUCUUUAUAUUAUAUAUGUCCUAUAAUUUUCUGUCUGACUUAUUUCAGAUGUUGAUGAGUGUCAAGCUGAGGGCAUAUGCCAACAAAAUUGUGUCAAUGUCCUUGGCUCAUUUUUCUGCUCAUGUAACAGAGGCUAUCAGUUGCGUGAUGAUAAACGAACUUGUGAGGGUAGGUCGGUGUACAAAUAAGGUCAGGUUAAUUCUUUAAAAUAUUAUAAUCAAAAACUAGUUUUCUUUCAUUAAAUGUAAAUUAAUGUUUCAAUAUCACAUCAAUUUUAAGUGUGUCAGUAUUGUAAUCUCUGACUUCCAGCGGAUGGCUUUAAAAAAUAGUGGUAGUUUUAUCCCUAGGUCUCAGAUAUUGUGUAUCAUGGUAUUUUAAAUAGAAUUUAACUAUUUAAACCUAAAACAAACUAUUGUGAAACCCUUAGCCUUUUUGCCAUAAAAAAUGGUAGAACUAGAACACACUUCAAUAAGUUUCAAAAAGUUUCCUUAAUGUUGUCAUUGAUUACAUAAGCAAUCGAAAAGGCUAAAUCUUCAUGAUAUAUGACCUGUCUAUAACUUAAAAACUUUGGCAAAAGAUAACUAAUCCUCCUUUGUAUUCAUUCACUAGAUAUAGAUGAGUGCACUCAGUUUGGUGGCCGUGGUGGUAACAAUGGUGUGUGCGCCGGUCGUUGUGUCAAUGUGCCUGGGUCCUACAAGUGUGAGUGCCCAGAGGGCUGGAGGCUAAAGCCUGAUGGUCGCUCAUGUGAAGGUGAGUCAGUGAGACAACAUUGUUUACUAAAUUGAAGUAAAUUUUAACUUAUAUAGUAGAGCUGUUACUUUUUCACAUAUAGCAAAUUCCCAAAGUUAAAACCAUAAACAGAGUCUCAAUAGCUAGUAUAAAUAUUAAAAGGUUAAUAAUAUUUUUUCAAUACUCAUCACUUGUAUAGUAUCUUCAUUAUUCGUGUGAUGUUUCAAUUGAAUUAAAAAAAAAGAAAAGUUUCAGUAUUUAUAUUUCAAAAGAAGAUCGGAUUGACUGUGUCAAUAUUGAAUCUACUUUCAUGAUAACUUUUGGAACUUUUUAAACAUUGAUAAUGAUCAUUCACAGCCUGCAUUGCCAUGUCAGCAUACAAUAAAAGAUUCAGAAAACCAAAACACGAGAAAAUACAUGAGCUUUAAAUCAGCGUUUCCCAAACAUUUAAGUUUGGCGGAACAGCGGACAAGUUUUGAAAUAGUGAAAAGGGCCGUUGCCAGAUUUAUUAAAUUACAUUUUCUUUUUCUUGGACCAAAAGUAUUCAUGUUGUUUGGACCCAAAGUGUAAGGCCUGUGGACCAUAGCCAGUCCACAUACAACCAUUUGGGUCAUGUUGUGUUAACCCACAGUGCUGUAUGUGGACCAUAACCAGUCCACAGACAACUAUUUGGGUCAUGUUAUGUGGACCCACAGUGUAAGGCCUAUGGACCAUAACCAGUCCACAGACAACCAUUUGGGUAACACCCUUUAAAUAACCAGUUAAAAUUUUUACAGAAUAUUGUAGGUCUUUGGGCUGCAGAAAUAAAUUAGGUUCAAAGUUCAGGUGAAUAGAAAUUAGGUUCAAAGUUCAAGUGAAUACAAUCAUUUGACAUUUAAUCUUUUGCUCUCAAAGCUCUUUGUGUGAAUUUUUACUUACCAUCUAUGUGUAGCAGAACUAUUUAUAGGUAUAGAACUUAAACAAAUUAUUUAUAUACAGAAAAUAUUUAUGGCAAAUGACAUCCAUAAGGACAUGUAGAUGAUGUGUACUUAUUUAAAUAUCAAUAAAUGUUGAAUAAUACUUUUAAAUGUUUUAAACUCAGAUGUGAAUGAAUGCAGUGAACUGACAGCUUACUGUCCACAUCCUGAAAGUAUGUGUUUCAACAUACGAGGCGGCUACAAGUGUCCCAUUGUCAGGUGUCCCGACGGGUUUAUCAAAACCAAUGCAUCGGGUCAACAAAACAGGUGAGUUUUUGUGGUUAAGUCAGAUAAAGUCAUGCAUGGCAGAUGUUGGCUAAAUAAAUAUAUGUUCUAAUAAAUUAAGAUUAAUGCUACAAUGUAGGCCUAUACUAAUGCCACUAGUUGAAAUUUAAAAGCAUGUUAUCAGGGCUAGUUCAUAAAUUAAACUAACACAAUAAAAACUUAAUUAUAUCACUAUUUCACUGUUGCCUUUUGUGUCUUUUGUAUGAAAAACAUAUUUUAAUAUUUUAAUAUAUAGUUGAGAACGUCUCAUUCCUAACAUUUUUCCCAUUGCCAACCACCAGUUUACGAUGUAAGCGGAUAUCCACCGACUGCCUAGAGUGUCGUCGUGGUCUUAUCUCCAGGACUUACAACUUCCUGUCUUUUGCGUCAAAUGUUAUUGUGCCGGCGCCACUUUUUUCCAUGACUGGAAGCAGACUUGUUGACAAGUUUUAUACAUGGGACCUUGAAUUGUUGUCAACUAGACCUUUGAGAGCUGGUGUACUAACUGCUCAAGUGAACGAUUUUUCCUUGGAGAAGAGCCGCGACUUCUCACGAGUUACUCUGAUCAAACGUAUUGAAGGGCCACAGGAUAUUGUGCUCAAGUUAUCCAUGAAUGUAACGAGCUAUUACAAAGGUUUUGAAGGCACGGCAGAGUCAAGAAUUUAUCUGUAUAUAACUGAAGAUGAAACCAGUAACUAACACAUGCAUAUUUCAUGAAACGCAGAGCCAGAGAUCAAAAUACUUUUUCACUGCAGCUUGUAUUGUCUUGUACAAUUAACCCGUAACUUGCCUUGCAAAGAUGCCAAUGAAAACGUUUAUUUGAAUGAUGUAUUUAUUUAUAUGUUCCAUUUUAUUUGCAUUAUAUAAACAUGUGUUAAAAUAUAAAUCAUAUAUAAAAAUCAAAAUGAAAUCUUUGUUGUUGCCUACCAUUUUAAGGAUUUAACAAUUUAUAAGAUAAAAACAAAGAUUUAAGUAAAUACAAAAAGAGCAAUACCAAAAAAGUCAAUGACAUUUACAAUUUAUUUAUUAUCCUAUUUCUCAUAUAAAGUACAACUUUAAGUGUACAAAAUUUAAGCUAUAGUAACUCUGGUAACUCUAGUAACUCUAGUAACUCUGGUACAAUACUGAAACAAUUUAAGAUGAUGGAAAAGUUUUUUGAUACAUAUUUAAGCAUCCCCCUCUUGCAGUCAGUCUCUAUGUGUGCAUUAUUCAUGAUCACUUUUGGUAAAAUGUGAAUGGUUAAAUGACUAGCCCAACCUAUCAAGCGUCUGAAUCUCAUGGUGUGCAAAUAUGGUGUGUAGUUUUGGACCAUUGCAGAUACAAUCUAGUCUUAGUUCUAAUCCAACACUUGCAAGAGAUUUGUGUCUCGGAAGACACACCAAGCUAACAUUUACAGGACAUUCAUUUCUUGGAAGACACACCAAAUUAGCCUUUACAGGACAUUCAUUUCUUGGAAGACACACCAAGUUAGCUUUUACAGGACAUUCAUUUCUUAGAAGACACACCAAGUUAGCUUUUAAAGGACAUUCAUUUCUUGAAGGGUCCCAUCCACCCGGGUGCUGGUGAUGUUUUUGCUUGACUGGGCUUUGGCUGUAAUUGAACUCCAGACCACCAAAAUGAGAUUUGCUCAGUUUAGUUUGCUUCAAUUUAUAAGACAUUCGUGUAUUUCAAGAUUCUAGUCUAACUUUUAUAAUGAAUUGAUUUAUUUCUUACAUGACUAAUAACAAUUUUUUCCCCUUUACUACAGAUCUUUGUAUAGCGAACACCCUAAAUUGAAAAAAUAAGCCCACCCCCUUCAAAAAAAAUAAUUGCUGACCAAAAGUCAAAGAUGCAUAGGUCUACUUUUGACACAGUGUCAUUCUAAGACAUUGAUUAGAACAUCUGAGAGCUGAACUGAGAGCUGAACUAGAGCUGAGCCGGCUGACGUUUUUUUGUCCGGUGUACACAGAGACAGGGAAUUUGGGAUGAUUACAAUUCAGAAACUAUAAAAAACGCGAAGUUUCUUAACCUGCAUGUAUAUCUCCAGUACGGGUGGGCAUUGAUUGUUGGCAUGUGCAAAACACACACAAAAAAAAAAAAAAAAAUCUCCUCCCCCCCUCCCUCCCCCCCCCGCACUUCUUUUUUUACUAUCUCCCCUCUGCAUCCGUACACAUGAGCUAACUAAAAAAAAAAAAAAAAUCCCCUCCCCCCCUCCCCCCCCCCCCCGCACUUCUUUUUUUACUAUCUCCCCUCUGCAACCGUACACAUGAGCUAACAACACCCCCCCCCCCGGCACACGCACGCACACAAUAUCACUGCAUUUGUAGACAAGUGUGACGUCGCAGAAAGUCAUGUCACAGGACGUUUUCUCCGCCAUCUGUUUGGCACAGCCCAGUGGUUCCCAGUUUGUUCGCCACGUCACCCUAGGGAGCUACGGCUUCCCCUCGGGGGGCGCCACGAAAUAAUACACGAUUUUCAUAAUUGUAUUUCCACUUUCGAUACAAUGUGACAGGAAACGACAUCUAGCGGAUGUGGUGCAAACCAGAAUCUCUGACUUAAAUGAUUACUGUUUGUAGGUCUCCCCCCCCCCCCCAUUUUUUUUCUCCAAAUUUAUUAUACACAUUAAAUGGUUACUAGAUACCACUUAGAGGCCCACAAAUGUUUUAAUUAUAUUUACCCAAUGCUCUAAUCUAUUAGUGAUUUGACAUAGGUUGCCUGGGGAAACACAUAUUCGGCCAAAGCCCUACAAUAGCAUGGGCUGUAGCGCCACAGACACAGGGACGGAUGGAGUAGCCCAGCCAGUGGUCGGAAAAUCUUUAGCGACCUGAAUGUGGCUCGGCCAGCCGACCACAAAUCGGGUAUGACUCAAAAUAAAAAUAUGGUUCUUGGCAGGUUCUUGAAAAGAAAUUUGGCUGUCAAUUUUUUUAAAUAUUUUUUUUUAUUCAUCCUGCUGCUGAUUUUUAGCUCUUUUGACUAAUGAGUUUGCCGACCAUUGGAGUAGCCAAACAAAAUAAUUACGUCACACGUUAGGAACACACUAAGCCGAAUAGAGGACUAAAUAUUAUAGGAAAUUUAAAGUAAUAGCUUUUUUGGCAAGAGGAAAUGCCAUGAUCAUAACCAAAGAUAUAAUGUGUUUGCAUGCGUAUCCGGAAAUUUGUUUGAAAGAAUUUCGUCGACGGAAAAUUGAUCGAACGGAAAUUUGGUCGAAUCUUUUUUCAGUUCACAUGUUAAAAUUUUGCAUCGAAUUUCUUUUUGAACGCAUUAUUUUGUUUACUACAAGGCACAGUAUUAACAAUGUAUGUAACCAAGCAAACCAAGCCUUGGGGUUCUUAAGGCGAAAUCUAAAGAUUGGCAACUCCUGUGUGAAAGAAAGAGCAUAUAAAGCCUUUAUCCGUCCGAUUUUAGAUUAUGCAUCUUCAGUCUGGGACCCAUUUACCCAGAAGAGCAUUGACAGGUUGGAGGCGGUCCAGCGACGAGCAGCACGUUUUGUCCUAAACCGCUACAGGAAUACCUCUAGUGUUGGCAGCAUGCUAGAAACACUAGGCUGGUCACCAUUGGAGAAACGACGACGACAAUCCAGGCUCUCCAUGAUGUACAAGAUAAAUAAUGGGCUGGUCCACUGUUCCAGUAUUAAACAGAAACUCGUCCCUCUCCCCCAUAGACAGCGACGAGGCCAUGACAGGCAAUUCAGGCUCAUACCAGCAAGAAGCCAGUAUAGGAGCUGCUCAUUCCUGCCCAAGACAAUCAGGGACUGGAACCAUCUUUCAAAAGGAACAGUUGAGGCGACAACACUAGACACAUUUGUGUCUAUUGCCUCAAGCCUUCAAACCCCUAGUGCAUAAUUUCCUCAUCACCACCAGUAACAGAAACAUUGCAAAUCCCAUCUACAUGCAUAGGAGCCAAAAUGAUCAAUAAAUUGAUCGUGGGCCCUUAAGAUAUAGAAGAAGAAGAAGAACAUAAAUAAGCAAUGAAAAAUGAGGCAAGCGUGAUGUAUUGCCUAUUGUAAUUGAUUCGUAUAAUAAUUUGUUGCUUUUUGCUACACCAUACUUAGGUUGUUUAAUGUCCUUUAAAAAUAUAUAUAGGCCUAUAUAGUUUUCUUGAACGCACAUAAUAAUGAAAUUAAAAUGCUGAUAUGUACAAAAAAGGGGAAUUUUCAUUGUUUUUUUUUUUUUUUUUUUUACAUCUGCCUGGAGCAUUGGUUACCAUAGAAACAUGUGGAAGAUGCGGUUAAGCUACUACAGAAAGAUGUCAGGGAACGCACGUUGUGCGAUUGGAGUGGGAAUGUUUUUGGAAUUACCAGAAAGGGAAAAAAAAGCAGGGGGGGGGAACGUGAUUUUACUUUUUUUUAAAAUUAGUAUGCGUCAAUUUUCAUAUUGGAUGUGUCAAUAAUAACCAGUGGCGUAUCGAGGGUGUUUGGCGCCCGGGGACAAGAUCCAUUUUUAGCGCCCCUUUUUCUUUUUUUCAACUCUCAAACCCAUUAUUUUCAUAAAUAAAAUAUUAUCAAAGCACAUUUUGGCGCCCCUAACUAGCUGGCGCCCGGGGACAUCUGUCCCCCCUGCUCCCACCACGCUACGCCUCUGAUAAUAACCAAUUGUUGGAUGUUGCUUUCCUUAACUUACUUAAUACGAGGGUAUCUUUUUUCACCACCCAUCCUUCUUCCCCAAAGUGAUGAAACAAGAGACGGGCAAGGUGUCGUCUGCGGCAGAAAGAAUUGUAAACCUUCCGAUGUAGCGUGUGCCCGAAACAAGACCAAAACCUUAUCCUGGGAGUUCUUGUCCAUGCCGGGGUAUGUUGAUAAGUUAAAUUUAAAUGAAUCAAAACUAUGAUUGUGAUUCACAGACAUGCAACACAAGCAAAUAACGAUUAAUGGGUCCUAUGGAGAUUUGAUAUAAAAUAAAUAAAAUAAAACAUUCUUUCUAACUGAUCUUUUGCUCCAAGAUGGGUCACAAAUAAAAUUAUAUAAAUAAAACAUAUAAAUAAAUAUAGUAUUAUAAGUAAACCAAACAUUUUUUCGAGAGUUUCAUAAAUGUUUGAUAUAAUAAUGUUAAGUAGGCAAGUAAUUUAUUUCUUCGAUUUAAUUUAUUCCACUUAAUUGAAGACUUUCAAAAAAAAAAUCUCAUCAGCUUUGACUUCAUUACUGCUCCAUUGACGUUGAUGACGAUUCAAACUAUCCGAUACACUAACAAACGCUCCACAAAUCUUCAUCUUGUAAUUUUGAGUGGUAACGAGGACAAGCUAUUUGCCACUGCAGUCAACGGAGAUUCUGGUACGGUAGUAAAAAAAAAAAAUCAAGUUGAAUAUAAUCAUUCACCAUAAAAUAAAUUCAAUCAAAGCGAAUAUCAUUGUGCUGUUCUGAUUGUAUUGUCUUAAGCAGUGGCGUAGCUAGGUUUAAUGCCACCCGGGGCGGGCAAAGAUUUUUGCCGCAGCGACCACGAAAAAACCUUGUAGUUCGACGAAAAAUGCCGCCCCUCAGUAUAUAGAGGAAAAGUGCCGCCCGGGGCGGACCUCCCCCUGCCGCCCCCAUCACGCUACGCCACUGGUCUUAAGCUAUUUUCUUCGAUCAUAUUCUCCUCGGUUUCUUUCUUUCACUUCACAGCAAGUCUUUUAUUGUUGCGUCCCUUGAAUGCGCCCACGGACAGAGAACUAGUGCUUUGCCUUCAAAACAGAGACAAAACGAAUCAAAAACUCAUCUCCCGCCAUGUUACACGUGUUUUGAUCUUUGUGAGAGACACAAUUUAAUUUGCAAGGAAAGAAACUCGUUUAUCAUAUAGAAACAUUCUCGUCUAUUUAAAAUUAAAACGAACACAUUUUUAAAUAACU